UGGUAUAGCGAGGACGAACAUGAGGUUUGGCCUAUGGAGAGAGAAUAUGCUGAUAUAUUUGAAAAUGGUAGAAUAGCUUCUAGAUGUAGACAUACAGAUGGUGUAUAUUUGAGAAUGAUGGUCAGAGCUGAUGAUAAGGGCACCAUGCCGGGACAGCGUAAAUGGGCAACAGUAUGGAGAAUAACGGCUAGGUCAGACGGACUAGUGCUAUGGAUAACCAGAGUUGGAAAUCAGAGUCCGGUUAAAGGCACUAAGAGAAAAGAGACAGGGGUAGAUCCUGGAGAGGGUGUAGUAAAACGCCAAAUGGAUCUACCUCCUGGUCCUCUUCCCCUGUCUUACCCACCAAGGGUAGAGACAGAGAUGACCUCGCCUACUGAAAUACCGGAUUGGGCAAAGCCACCAGAAGACGACUCAAGCCAACCAACUACUGAGCCUGACUGGUGUCAGGAAGAAUCACCCUCUGCCUCAAGUGACACCUCUGAAUGGGAACAGCUGAUAGACUCAUUGCUGAUAGAGUGAGGGCACUGUCAUAACCAGAGGCCCAUAUAUGCACUAUAAGAAAAGUGUUUCCUCAUUGUUGCAAGAGCAAAGGGCUCUGUCAUAACCAGAGGCCAAUAUAUGCACUGUAAGAAAAGUAUUUCCUGUUGUAAGAUAUGUCAUCACCCUCUCUGCUCUGGGGGAAUGGGAGGAGCAGCAGAUCGGGUGCAGAGAAUCAAAAGGUAUAUAAAGAGACAUUUGCCAUUACUUUGGCGCUGACUUCUUGAAUUCUGAAUUCAUUUAGGCAACCAUUUGACUUCGGGUAAUUGCCACCUGACUCAAAUUACUUAAAGAUUCUAACUUGCUGGAUACCAGGGUAAGAGUCCGUUUACCUAUCGAUCAGUUGACCCUGUGUGCAGCAUACCGUUGGACCGAGUGUACCGUUGGGCCACGUCUUAAUUGACCAGGAACACUGUAGCACCGGCCGGGUUGCUUGCCCCAGGCACUGCGGUAGAUCAACGGCAGAAUUACCACCUGCUGAAAACGGUUGGAAAGUUGCUCGAAUCGACUCUGUCUCCGACUGACCCAGUGACACGUGUACUGUUGCGACACAGUGCCUUGCCCUGGACUCACGGUUACAGGUUAUUUGACAAUACUAUCCAGCCUUAGGGCAGGUUAGAGUACUCAGUCUAACUUGAAUCUCGAAAUUUAGUACCAGGGUAAGAGUCCGUUUACCUAUCGACCAGUUGACCCUGUGUGCAGCAUACCGUUGGACCGAGUGUACCGUUGGGCCACGUCUUAAUUGAUCAGGAACACUGUAGCACCGGCCGGGUUGCUUGCCCCAGGCACUGCGGUAGAUCAACGGCAGAAUUACCACCUGCUGAAAACGGUUGGAAAGUUGCUCGAAUCGACUCUGUCUCCGACUGACCCAGUGACACGUGUACUGUUGCGACACAGUGCCUUGCCCUGGACUCACGGUUGCAGGUUAUUUGACAAUACUAUCCAGCCUUAGGGCAGGUUAGAGUACUCAGUCUAACUUGAAUCUCGAAAUUUAGUACCAGGGUAAGAGUCCGUUUACCUAUCGACCAGUUGACCCUGUGUGCAGCAUACCGUUGGACCGAGUGUACCGUUGGGCCACGUCUUAAUUGACCAGGAACACUGUAGCACCGGCCGGGUUGCUUGCCCCAGACACUGCGGUAGAUCAACGGCAGAAUUACCACCUGCUGAAAACGGUUGGAAAGUUGCUCGAAUCGACUCUGUCUCCGACUGACCCAGUGACACGUGUACUGUUGCGACACAGUGCCUUGCCCUGGACUCACGGUUGCAGGUUAUUUGACAAUACUAUCCAGCCUUAGGGCAGGUUAGAGUACUCAGGCUAACUUGAAUCUCGAAAUUUAGUUGAACCAACGAUUCCUCAUGGGAGAGAUCGAUACAUAAACUAAAUUCUCAGAACUCUGACCGAUUGAAACUCUGCUCCUGAUCUCGUGGGUCUCCUCGUCAUCUCUCAAAGACAGUUAACGGCACGGGAGAUAACAACUCUGACACUCCCGCUACCGGGACACUGGAAACGGAGAGUCGGGGCUCUAUGACGGAAUGAGUUACUGUUAAAAGACAAAGAGGAAGUUGCAAAAAUGGACAUGGACACUAGCAAACUACACUGGGGACAUCAAGAAUACAAUCUUGGAGAGUUUGCUGAAAAAUUCAAGAACUCCUUUCCUAAGAUCAUCAAUGUGACGGUGGGCUUUCUUGGACAACAGGAACUGGACAGUAUCAGCUCAAGCACACACAUCAUGGUCCACUCCCUGCUCUGCCAGCAGAGAGCAGUGUUUGAGAGCAAACAUGGGAAAGUCCUGUCCCUACCUGUCACCAUCUCCACUGUAGGCUUCUACAUAAUCCGAAAUGAUAGACGAGAAGGACCACCAAUCAGUCUUCAGGCUAUUUUGGAGUCCAACCCACUGCCAGUGAUUAUCCAACCAAUAACGCCACUCGUCCUGCCGUGGCUGUCAGGGGGUCAUAGGCUGGACACACUGACAAUCACACGCACCUAUGAGGAGCAGCUCUUAAUUGGGUUUCCUUUCAGCAGCAAAGGAAUCCUCUCCAGACACACUCCUCUGGUGCUGCCCAUGUAUAUGAAGGAGGUGCGUAUUGCACUGGCAGAGGGGUUGGAGGGACUCGAUCAGGGCCAGUUCGAGGACGCCUGUGCUACAUUGGGGGGGCAGAUCGAUGAACUGGGCCUCAGGAACCUUUUCAUCUUUCAAGAUAUCACCAUUUUGAAUAAGCAAGAGUUGAUUGAAAAGGGUCACGAAUACAUGGAGGUGAAGCCAAUCUACAUGUGCCUGAAGAGCCAGGGUGAUGAAAUCAACCUCUACCAGCACCUUGACUUUGAGACAACCGAGCCUCCUACUUUACAGAGAAAAGCAGAAAGACCCCCACCUCUACCCCCUAAACCACAAUAUUUACAAAUAGCUAGACACAAACUUCCACCCCUUUCUCCAUCAUUGGAGAACAAUUCCCAGUUCUACUCUGGCGGCUCAUGGCACCCACUCUUCUGCUCCUUAGCAGAGGUGCCCUCUAAUCUACGGGACCUGAGUGUGGCACAGGUGUGCUCCUGCCUACGACUGCUCAACUUGGACCAGUACUGCCAGGCCUUCGAGAGGGAGCAGAUUGACGGGGAUCUGUUGUACACAGUUGAGCCCAGCAUGAUGAGGGAGACCCUGGGUAUGGAGAGCCUGCACGUGGGCAAGCUUCUCCGCUUCCGAGAGGGCUGGAGGCCCUUACUUGGGUCUUCUGGAGCUGAGCAGGUUGGGUAGUAAUGGAUUAUCUGUAAUGGGGAUUAUAAUCAGAUUAUAAAAAUUUAAUUGGCAAUCUGGGAUCCAAACAACACUAAAGCGAUCAUAGAAGUGACAUUUUGUACUCUUGUGCUGGAUGGUAAAUUAUUUACAUAUUUUAUGUUAGGCUAAGUACCAUUUACAUUAGUAAUGGCUAAAGUGUCAUUCAGAAUAAAGGCUACUUUUUGGAGUAAUUCCUGCUGGGAAGCAAACAUUCAUCCACACAGCAUGAUAAAAAGCACAGGUUUCAGGCCAAUAGCCUUGUCCCGCUGUCACACCACAGGGCCGGUGGAGUCACAGACGUCAUUGACAUUUUCAUUUCCAUUGACAAAAUGUAAUUGACUUUCAGUCAUUUCAUUUACCACAACUACAGCAAUAAGAUACAGAAAUAAAUACCUACAUGAGGUCCAAGAAAAUAAACAUAACAUACAUUUUAUGGCCAACAAAAAGCAUGCAAAACAAAAGAAGGCACAAGGAUCUAAGCUGCACUACAUGACCAAAAGUAUGUGGAUACCCUGGAUAAGAGCGUCUGCUAAAUGACUUAAAUGUAAAUGUAAAUGUAAUACCCCUUCAAAUUAGUGGACUUGGCUAUUUAUCCACACCCAUUGCUGUCAGGUGUAUCAAACUUGAACACACAGCCAAGCAAUCUCCAUAGACAAACAUUAGCAGUAGAAUGGCCCAUACUGAAGAGCUCAGUGACAUUCAACAUGGCCCCAUUAUAGGAUGCCACCUUUCCAACAAGUCAGUUCAUCACAUUUCUGCCCUGCUAGAGCUGCCCAAGUCAUCUGUAAGUGCUGUUGUAAUGUGGAAACGUCUAGAAUCAACAACGACUCAGCCACGAAGUGGUAGGCCACACAAGCUCACAGAAUGGGACCGCUGAGUGCUGAAGAGCGUACAAAUCGUCUGUCCUGGGUUGCAACACUUACUACUUAUUUCCAAACUGCCUCUGGAAGCAACAUCAGCACAAUAACUGUUUGUCGGGAGCUUCGUGAAAAGAGUUUCCAUGAUCAAGCAGCCGCACACAAGCCUAAAAUCAGCUUGCCCAAUGCCAAGCAUUGGCUGGAGGGGUGUAAACCGCACCGCCAUUGAACGCUGGAACAGUGGAAAUACAUUCUCUGGAGUGAUGAAUCACGCUUCACCAUCUGUCAGUCCGAUGCAAGAAUCUGGGUUUGGCGGAUGCCAGGAACACGCUACCUGCCCAAAUGCAUAGUGCCAACUGUAUAGUUUGUUGGAGGAGGAAUAAUGGUCUGGGGCUGUUUUUCAUGGUUUGGGCUUGGCCCCUUAAUUCCAGCAAAGGGAAAUCUUAACGCUACAGCAUAGAAUAACAUUCUAGAUGAUUUUAGUCACCUUGACAAUCUUCUCUCAGGAUCAGGAGCCUUGCAGAGAGACAUAUGGCCAUGAUGCAGCAUUUUAUUUAAAAUCCCUGAAACUGUUCUGUAAUGGGCAACACAGUAUGUAUAAAUACUGUAUGAAUCAUGAAUCUUCCAGAGAUGUCCAUACACAGCUCUCAGACCUUCUCCAAAAUGACUUUGCUUCUUUUCAACUCCGGCACCUUAGAGCUAUACCGCACAAGCUCCACUUCCUCAUCCAUUGACCGUGUGGCAAUAGCGACACCGCUUCCCAUUAAUUUUCAAUGGAGGGAAAGCAGUGAGAAGCGUGGUGUGGGAGGCGGUGAAAAAGUUCAGCAUUUCCCAGCUUCAUGCAAAUCACCAGCAGCGACCCCUGUGCAAUGACCAUUUAUUUUGAGUGGUUCCCAUGACGAAUUUGAUGCUACGCAACCCAACGCUGGAGACUUUCUUCAGCAAAGAUGGCUGACAAAAAUACUAGGAUGGAAGCAAAUGUAAGUCAUUAUUUAAGUGAUAAUGCCAGAGAAGCCCGUGUUUGGAGAAAGAUUUGGCAUGGAACGAGACGAAGUCGAGUGCCGGCAAACCGUGCCAUUAUUUCCUCCAAACACCGGCUUCGAGAGCAUUAUCACUUUUAUACAAGGGGUUACCAACAUAUUUAAAAAAUGAUUGAAAUGUGAGAUAAUGUCUAAACUUUAUUUUGAUGAAUUUAUUCAUACUAUUUCAUCCUUCCACAAGAUAUAGUCCCGACACAAAUCUAGGGUUGCUACCCAAGCAGGCUCCACGUUCAAUCUAUUGGUUCGGUUGCCUAGUUAAAGAAAGGUUUUUAAAAAACGUUUAACAAUUUAAAAACAGUGUAUUGCGUAGUCAGAUGGAACAGAGUAAAUAGGCAUUUUAACAUCAUAGAUUUAGCCGGUGGUAAUUUGUGGAAUAGACACGGGCUGGAAUGCGCUUUUAACCAAUCAGCAUUCAGGAUUAGACCCACCGGUUGUAUAAAACGUCAUUACAAAUCAUUCAAAUAAUGCAAAAUAUGUACAGUAUAUGUAUAUGUAUAUGUUAGUUAAUGUAAAGACCAGUGGCGACUGGUCAUUCAGGCCAGUGGGGCAGAGCUACAUUUUUUUGCAAUUUUUUAAAUAAAACGUUUGAGAGGGA